CUGCGUGCAGGGAGGAGAGAUCUGGGUCUGCAGCUCUGUAGCUGGUACCGUCCAAUCGCCACCAAUGGACUCGUUUUAAUCCAGCCCUCGGCAGCUGGGAUUUGAACCUUUUGUUCACAGGAACCCGACGGGAGGACAGAUGACACUAUAGCACAGACAUGGCAGCCGAUGACAUUGACUACAAUAUUGUGUUUCCAGACGCGGGGACGUCAGAGAGACACUGGCCGGGCACUAAGGAGCCGGUGGUGAUCCUGCUGGGCUGGGCUGGCUGCAGAGACAAGCACCUCUCCAAGUACAGCUCCAUCUACAACCAACAGGGAUGUGUCACCGUUCGUUACACGGCUCCUCUGAAGACCGUCUUCAUCUCGGAGUCGUUUGGCUACAAGGAGCUGAGCAGCACCGCCCUCAAGCUGCUGGAGAUCCUCUACGACUACGAGGUGGAGAACAGCCCUGUUUUCUUCCACGUGUUCAGCAACGGCGGCUUCAUGCUCUACCGUUACAUCGUUGAACUCUUGCACAAGGACAAGCAGUUCAGUUCUCUGUGUGUGAUCGGUGCCGUGGUGGACAGCGCCCCGGGGAGCGGGAACGUGCGAGGGGCCCUGCGUGCACUGACGGCUACUUUAGGGCCCAAAAUCAGCCCGCCCUUAAAGUACGUCCUCCUGGCACUUUUUGCAGUCAGCGUCUUCCUCCUGCGAGUCCUGUUGUACCCCUUGACCAAGUACGUGCACAAGAACCACUACGACGCCGUGCGGGACGCUCCGCCCGCCUGGCCUCAUUUCCACCUGUACUCCCGAGCCGACCAGGUGAUCCGGCACCGGGACAUCGAGCUCUUCAUGGAGACGCUGAAGAAGAAAGGCGUCGCCGUGGAUGGUUUUGAUUUCGUCUCCACCCAGCACGUCAGUCAUUUCCGGGAUUUUCCUCAACAGUACACACUCAAGUGCCGCAGUUUCCUGCUUGCUUGCAUGAAGGACUUGAAGGGACCGUAACUGAAAAAAGAGAUGUUCAAAGUCAGUGAAACUUGGAAAGAAAUUCACUGGACUGUGCACUGCUGUCUUCUCUGGCACCGGAGGAGACGUUAAUCAAAUGGGACUAGUUAGUCUUUUUCUUUUUCUGCAUUUCCUGGAAAAACUGAAUAAUUGGGGAAAUUCAUUUUUACAGUUUUGAUCUGAACUAUUGCAAAAUUUGAGUCAAGUUAUGAAGGAGCCUUUUUUUCAAGUUGACAAAAUUCCUAAGAAGUGUGACAUUUUGGCCCAAAGUAACACAGAGAAACAAUCCAACGACUAUUUUGAACUAUGAAAUUCCUCCUCUGUUCAGAACAGCCGGGUUUAUAGGGAGGAGUGAGGAGUGGCUUCUUUGCAUGAUGGCUUGAAGCUAUAGGAUGAAUUUCAAACAGAAAUGGACAUAAAUUCAAGUCAAAAACCUUUUAAUGUACUCCAUUAUCAUAUGAGAAAACCAACAGUACCCAUAUUGAGUGCUCUGAGCUCACAGGAGCCAGCCUAAACUGACAGAAAAUUACUAAACCAGCAAUUUUAUUCUCAAAUACGUCCAUGUAACCAGUCGGCAGUUUGGCAACGGCUGAUAAAGAUUCCUUCCUUAUCAGCGCAAUCUCAUUUAGAGUGUGUUGUACAGGGCAGCAGUUGAAAAACCCCACCCCACUUUAAAUAAAAACACUGAAUACACAAAUCGUAUUUCAUGUUGUAAUCCCACCUGACGUUCCCCUUUCUUGUAACUUUUAGAUUGUACAUUUAUGAACUGCUGCCUAUAUGAGCAACUUUUCACCGGCGUUUGUUUCUACAAAUGCUCAUGCCACUCGUGCACUCACUUGCACAUCUUUCGGCAAGGAGAGAAAUGCCAAUUCUUCUCUUUGGAGGUGCGGUGAAUGCAGCAGGGUUUGAAGUUGAGUGGGAAUCGAAGCUUGAGUUGAAGAUGAGGAUGUUGGAUGAUUGUACUAAGAUAAGUCUGUAAAUCUGAACACGUCACUGACUGAGACAGUUUCUGAUCCAUGUGGCCUAAAAGGCAAAAACAACAACUGUGCUUUUUAUUUCUGAGGCUUUUAAGUUGAAAAUGACUCCAGCCACCUACAUAUAUGCUCCCAAGCACAGAAAAAGUGAUACUUUUCAUAAUAUGCCUUUAAAUCACAGAUUUCCACUUGUGUGUAGUUGCUCUGCAGCUGAUCCGUCUUCAGACGCUAACACGUAAAACACUAACUGCAGUCGACAAAACCAACGGCAUCCUCAGAAGCUUUUCUUUUGUCACAGUCAUGUGCCACAUAAAACUGUCACAAUAAACACAUUAUACUUCCUAUAGACUUGAAGAUUGUGAGUGGAAGUCUUUUAGACUAAUUUAAAUAGUGCUGUGAAAUGUGGUGAAUUGUACAUUAGCGGUAGUAACUCAGAAACAGACGCAGCUGUAUAGCGUGUAUUGUCCGUUUUAUAAAAUGUAAUUAACAUUUUGUGACUAAAAAGGGUGCUUUUACAGGAAAGUAACUUGCAUAUUAAAAUGAUUGAUAUGUUUUCAUC